CCAGCCUACAAGAACCCCAAUCCCAACAACAUCGAGAUCAAGACCAAGUUCCCCGUCGCGCGCAUAAAGCGCAUCAUGCAAGCAGACGAGGAAGUCGGCAAGGUGGCGCAGGUUACACCGGUUGCGGUCAGCAAGGCUUUGGAGCUCUUCAUGAUUGCGUUGGUUAGCGGAGCGGCGGAUAAGGCGCGGGAGAAGGGCGGAAAGAAGGUCACGGCGCAGCACUUGAAGCAGGUUGUAUUGGGCAGUCCGGAGCAAUUCGAUUUCUUGGCUGAGAUUGUGGGACGAGUUAGUGAGGCGCAGGAGGGUGCUGGAGGAGAGGCGAAGAAGAGAAAGGAGAAGGUGGAGGCGAGUGAUAGUAGUGAGGAGGAGAAGAAG